AUGCAAUCAAUCCUCCAAUACUAUCGCUUGCGCAAUAAAGUUGAAGCAGCAUACAGAAGAGAAGACAGACAUUACGACACAGAGAAGGGCGUCCCCGAACUAGACAAAAUCAUAUUCAAAAAGAGGAUCAUUAAGAAGCAUUCCGACCCAGAAGCGUCUACCGGUGCCACUCCUGCAGAGAAGUUCGCCCAAGAAAACCCUCUCGUUCAGCCAUCGACAAAAAAUUACUCCCAUUCUGGUCUUGAUCAGCCCUGUCAUGGCGAGACGGAGGAGGAGACAGGUCGAACGAGCGAAGACAGGAACAGGCUAGAUCUUGGGAGCACCAUUGUUACCAACGAAAUCCACCAGACCAACCGGACGGGGACCAGCCACGACGAGCAGGCGGGCAACACCAACGAAUACGACUACAGUGCGAAAGAGGACCCCAAAUGGCUUACGGUGGAGUUCGACGGUGAAAAUGACCCAGAGAACCCUCGAAACUGGCCCAGGGCGAAGAAGUGGAUCGCCACCUCCAUACUUGGCCUCACCUGGGCAUUGGUAGGUUGGGGAUCAGCCAUCAGUUCGGCGGUCGCCAAGGAGAUACAAAAAGAAUUCGGCGUCAGCGCGGUCGUCGAGUCUCUAGCAACCGCCGUCUACUUGAUCGCUCUGGCGCUGGGAUCAUGGAUAACUGCUCCCUACUCCGAAACGUUCGGGCGCAACCCACUAUAUAUUGCCUCAUUGAUAUUUUUCAUGAUCUUCAUCAUGGGCCACGCUCUGGCGCCUAACAUCGGGGCGCAACUUGCACUCCAGUUUCUCGCCGGCCUGGCGGGCAGCACGCCAUACACCGCGUUCGGCGGCAGUCUUUCAGACAUGUGGUCACCGCUGGAACGAACAUACGUAUUCCCACUGGCGGCGGGACUAUCGUUUCUAGGCCCGUUCCUUGCGCCCAUGAUUGGCGCAUUCAUCGGCCACUCGAGGUCACUCAGCUGGCGAUGGACGGAAUGGAUCACAUUGAUGAUGGCCGGGCUGAACUUCAUUUGUAUUUUGUUGUUUGUGCCGGAGACGCACGCCCCGCGGAUUCUCAAGUGGAAGGCCGAGCACUUGCGGUAUUUCACCGGCGACGUACGGUACGCGACGGCCAUGGAAGGCAGCAGCCAUCAGGGAAUGCUGGCGCGGAUGGCGGGCCGAAUCUACCGGCCCAUGCAGCUCCUCACGCAAGAAAUCAUGCUGAUCUGUUUCACCGUCUACUUGACGGUCGUGUACAUUGUGCUGUUUACAUUUCUGAAGGGAUACGAUUUCAUCUACGCCGAGACAUACGGUCUAUCGUCCGUUGAAGAAGGGCUAUGCUGGCUAGGAUUGGACGUCGGCUUCGUCGCGGCCCUGGCGUUCGUGCUCCCCUUCAUCUACCGCAACUACAAGGCCAAAUGCGAGCGGGCGGGAGGCGUCCGCGUCGAGCCCGAGCAGCGGCUGUGGUUCGCCAUCAUCGGCGCCCCCUGGCUACCUAUCGCGUUGUUUUUUAUGGCUUGGACCUCGUAUGCAAAAGUCUCGUACUGGUGCAGCAUCGUUGGGUCUGCUGUCGUCGGCUUCUCCGUCCAGUGUAUCUACGCCUCUACCUACCAGUACAUCAUCGAUGCCUAUGAGGCCCAGGCCGCCAGCGCCCUUGUGGGUGUCACUUUCACCAGCUACGCCGUCUCCGGCGGCAUGAUCCCCGUCAGCGUCGUCAUGUACAAGGCCAUCCAUGUCCAUUGGUCCUUGACCUUGCUAGGCAUCAUCUCCGCCUUGCUCACUCCUAUUCCCUUUGUCUUCUACAAGUUUGGUGCCAAGGCUCGAUUGAAGAGUCAAUCGGCACAGGGUUGA